CAUCUCCCUGGUCAGUCAUAAUGUCUUCUGGUCCAAUUAACUCCAGCGAUCCCGAGAAGGGGGCGCACUGCACUCAACCCACUGGUUCCGUUCACGAUUCCGUGAGCGGGGGAGAAAAGUCGUCAUCGAUCUCCCAGAAUAUCGAGGAAGGCAAAGAUGCAGAGUUUGGAGGCACUGAGGCAAGAAAGAAGCUCGAGAAACGGUUCCUGCUGAAACUGGACCUCCGAAUGAGCAUCUUGAUCUUGAUUUACAUUCUGAAUUAUAUUGACAGAAACAAUGCAGCAGCCGCCCGAUUGCAGGGGUUUGAAGAGGAUCUUGGGUUGCAAGGCCAGCAGUUCGCGACUCUUCUCUCCAUCCUCUAUGUAGGAUACAUUAUCAUGCAGAUUCCAUCGAACAUGUUCCUAAAUUGGAUCGGAAAGCCGAGCUUGUACCUGCCCUUUUGCAUGGCUUUAUGGGGUGCCAUCUCCUGUUUGACGGGAAUAACGCACAACUUCGUGGGUGCGCUCCUGACAAGGUUCUUCCUCGGAUUCGUUGAAGCGGCCUUCUUCCCUGGUGCAUUGUUCCUGCUGUCCAAAUGGUACAAGCGGGACGAGCUUGGACUCCGAACAGCUAUUCUAUAUUGUGGCAACAUCAUAAGCAACGCAUUCGGAACCCUGAUGGCAUCGGGAAUCCUGAGCGGUAUGGAGGGAAAGCUUGGGCAUGCGGCAUGGAGGUGGCUCUUCUAUAUCGAAGGCGCUGUUACAAUUGCAGUAGCAAUAAUUGCCGUUUUUGUCCUGCCAGAUUUUCCAACGACGACGAAAUGGUUAUCGCCGCAAGAACGUGCGUUGGCCAUCCGGAGGAUGGAGGAAGACGCAGGGGUCGGCGAUGAAGACCAGACAGAGGGACAAGGUAACGGACUGUGGCUCGCAGCCUCUGAUUGGAGGGUCUGGUGGAUUGCAGUGGCCCUGACAUCGCAAGUUGUUGCAUUGUCGUUCAACGCGUAUUUCCCGACUUUGACUGCGACGCUGGGGUACAAUCGGACCGUGACCCUACUCCUCUGUGCACCUCCAUUCGCCUUUUCUGCGCUGGUCUCCUUCGGCAAUAGGCAUUCGGAUCGGGUCCAAGAACGGUUUUAUCACGCUGUGGGGUCCUUUGGGGUAGGGAUAAUCGGGUUCAUCAUUGCAGUGUCUACUAUGAACACUGCAGCCCGAUACAUCUCCUUAUUCCUGAUGGCCCAGUCGUACGCCGGUUUCGUGGUGCUGUACGCAUGGAUUAGCAACUCGUUCCCGCGUCCGCCGUCGAAACGUGCUGUAGCACUUGCACUGAUAAACGCGUUUUCGCAGCUAGGAAACAUUGCCGGGUCGUAUGUGUGGCCGUCGGCAUGGGGGCCGACGUACCGCAAGUCGUAUGGAAUCUGCAUUGCGACGUCGGGGGCAGCGAUAGUUAUGUGUUGGCUGUUCAAACAGGAGCUACUGAGGCAAAAUAAGAAACUGGAGGAAGUGGAAAAGGAGAAGGGAGGGAAGAGCCGGGGAUUCCGGUACAUAGUGUGA